GAUUGCGGUUAGUUAAACGCGGUAUCUCAAAGUGCACAGUUCUCGUCAUGACGCAGCUAGAGAUUUCCACCAAGUCGGAAAAACCAGCGGAACAACCGGCGGAGCAAUGGGGAAAUGGUCUCGAAUUUCUCUUCUCCUGCAUUUCAUUAUCCGUGGGAUUGGGGAAUAUCUGGCGUUUUCCCUACAUUGCCUUCCAGAAUGGCGGCGGUACCUUUGUGAUUCCGUACCUGAUUGCCCUGCUGGUAAUUGGACGGCCUGUCUACUAUCUGGAGAUUUCCCUGGACCAGUUCACCGGUCGCGGCGUGGUCAAGGCCUUCGAUAUGGCUCCCCUGCUCAAGGGCGUGGCGGUGGGUCAGGUCCUGGCCACAGCCGCCUCCAUCACAUACUACUCCAGCAUCAUGGCCUUGACUCUGCGAUUCCUGCUGGCCUCCUUUGGCUCCGAGCUGCCAUGGAGCAGGUGCUGGGAGAGCUGGGGCACCGAUUGCCACGACGGCAAUGCUCAAAAUAGCAGUGGAAAAAUGUCACCGGCACAGCUGUACUUUGAACGCGAGAUCCUUCAUGAGGUGCCCAACAUAGACAACGGACUGGGUCUGCCCAACUGGCAAUUGGUGGCCUGCUUGGCGGGCGGUAUUAACAGCAGUGGCAAGGCGGCCUAUUUCCUGGGCGUAUUUCCCUAUGUGGUGCUGCUCAUCCUGCUCUUGAGAGCCGUUACCCUGCCAGGAGCCAUCGAUGGUAUUAUAUACUUCUUUAAGCCACAGUGGCGGGAGCUGCUGAACCCACUCGUUUGGUAUGCAGCCGUGACCCAGGUCUUCUUUUCGCUGGCCAUCUGUUUCGGCACUUUGAUCACCUAUGCCAGCUACAACAACUUCAACCGCAACGUAUACAAUGACAUUGUGAUAAUCACCACCAUGGACUCCUGCUCCUCCAUAAUUGCUGGCUGCAUUACCUUUGGAAUUCUGGGCAAUCUGGGCCGCGAGACUGGCAACUCGGAGUAUGUGCCACAGAUGUUCACGGUCCUUUUCUUCCUCAUGCUAUUCGUCUUAGGUAUUGGCAGCACCGUGGGCAUGGGAUCCUGCAUCCUGCGCGUCAUCCGGGAUCAAUUCGGAUUACGCUCCCCGCCCAUUUGGAAACUGGCCAGCGGCCUGGCUGUUUUAGGCUUCUCGGUGAGCAUCGUUUACAUGACCCCGGGCGGUCAGUUUAUCCUGAAUCUAGUGGAUUUCUAUGGUGUCUCCUUCACCGCUUUGAUCCUGGCCAUUGGCGAAUUGGUGGCUGUUGCUUGGAUUUACGGAGUUAAUCGCUUUUGCGAGGACAUCAAGUUUAUGAUGGGCAUUGAAACCGGUUGGUACUGGCGCCUCUGCUGGCGUUUCAUUACACCCGUGUUCAUCUACAUGCUUUUCGACAUGUCCGCUCUGGAGUACAAAGGUGUUGGCUAUACCGCCUUGGCUCACGUUUUUGGCUGUUUUUUGGCCACCUUGGGGCUGAUUUAACUACCCUGCUGGGCCAUCUAUGCCAUCUAUAAAAAGCGUGGACAGAACGGCAGCUUCUGGCAGAGAGUACGUGCCGCUUGCAGGCCGUCGGACACUUGGGGACCGGCCAACGCUCAGCUGGAUGCCACCAUAUAGAAAAUUAGCUCGGUACCCAACACUGCGUAUACGUAAUGGCUCCAGUAGUAAGGGCAUUAUUAUUUGAUAUGGUCUAGAUGAUAGGUACAAUAAAGUGAAAUAUAUGGGGCUCGUGGAGCCAAAAACAAAA